ACGAUAUCAAAUACAAUCAAGCGAAGCAAUCUUUUCCGUCCUCCUCUCUCUAGGGUUUGUCCAACUCCGAUCUUCCGCUACAACUGAAAGCGAUCUUCCGCUACAACUGAAAGAAGAAUGGCGCAUCAAUCAACUCAAUUGUUCCUAUCCACCGUCUUAUCCCAACGAGGUCCAUCAGCUUUACAAUACACAGAAGAUUCAAAAUGGUUAAUCCGUCAACACCUGGUAUCUUUGAUCGAAUCAUAUCCAUCUCUACAACCCAAAACAGCAGUAUUCAAUCAUACAGAUGGUAGAACAGUGAAUCUGUUACAAGCACAAGGUACAAUUCCAAUGAUUUAUAUGAAUGUUACUUACAAUAUACCUAUUGUGAUUUGGUUAAUGGAAACUUAUCCUCGUCAUCCACCUUGUAUUUAUGUUAAUCCUACUCGUGAUAUGAUCAUUAAAAGACCUCAUGCUUAUGUUAAUCCCUCCGGUUUGGUCUCCACGCCCCUGUUACAGUCUUGGAUUUACCCUAGUUCUACUCUUUGUGAUGUCAUUAAAGAACUUAGUGGCCUUUUUGGUCUUGAUCCACCCUUGUUUACUCGCCAACAACAAAACCCUAAUACUGAGAGUAUGAGGAUUCAAUCCAAUUCGGGUAGACCUGCAAUUCCACCUAGGGGGGGUUAUGAUCAAUCGCCUUAUGGAGUCUCCCCUUCUCAGAAUAUGAAUCAUCGGACUGAUGAUCCAGUUGAGAUUUAUAAGAAGAAUGCUAUUAAUAAGUUGUUGGAGAGUCUACAUGGAGAUAUAGCCACAUUGAGGAAAAACAGAGAAGUUGAAAUGGAAGGACUGUUUAAUGCACAAGGUAUGUUGAGACAGAGAGAGGAACAGUUAUCAAAAGGGGUGAGAGAAAUGCAACAAGAGAAAGAAGGAUUAGAACAACAGUUACAAAUGGUUUUAAUGAAUACUGAUGUUUUGGAGGGUUGGGUAAAAGAGAAUCAAGUCAAAGUGAAAAUCAAUAAAGGGAAUUUGAAUGUUGAUCAAGUUUUUGAACCUGUUGAUGCUCUAUCGAAACAAAUGCUUGAUUGCACGGCAGCAGAUUUAGCUAUUGAAGAUGUGAUUUACUCAUUGGAUAAGGCUUUUCAAGAAGGGUCUAUAGCAUUUGAUCACUAUCUGAAGAAUGUUAGAGCUUUAUCUCGUGAGCAAUUCUUUCAUCGUGCUACAGCUUCUAAGGUUAGAGCUGCACAGAUGCAAGCUCAGGUUGCUAACAUGGCAUCUAGAGCAUCACAUUCACAAUAUGCUAUGUGAUAGCAGGUAUUUGUUGAAGAAAUGGAUUCAAGGAAGACAGAGAGUGGUUGAAUAUGAAGUUUGAAUGGUUUGUGAACCGCCAGUUACAGCAGUUGUGAGUUUUCACGAUAUCUUUGAGUUGCAGGGGAUCUACAGUUGUAUUGCUAGACAGAUAUGCCAAUUAUUACUUUUACUGUCAUGAGUUUUUGCCCCUCCAAAAACUUGUCUCGAAGAAUCUGCAGUAUCAGGUAACCGGAGACGGAUACAGUUUGUGGAGUGUCCCAAUAUUAUGAAUGGCAUGAUUGAUGCUGCAAAGUAUGCAGACGCAGUGAUGUUGCUCAUUGACGCAUAAUAUGGGUUUGAAAUGGCAGCAUUUCGGAUUUUAGCAAGAGCAGUUGUACUCGAUUACCAUGAUGUGGAGAUACGGAAGCAAAUCAUGUGGACUGGAGAUUUGCACUGGAAGCAAAUCCAAGUGAAGGUUCCUUGCAUCUUCAACCUGCCAACGGCAGUCCUGGAACGUAGAGACGGUGUUUGGCAAAGCAUGGAUUCAGUCGAGAAGGCACAUGUUUUAGUGAUAUACAAGAACAAGAUCGCACCAGAGCCCAUGAGAACAAGGCUUAUAGAGUUACUCGGCGAGAAGCUCAAGGAUGAUGCGGCCAAGGCGCGGGGGAAUCCUGAACAACGGCGUGCAGUGCUCACUUUCCAAGCGAUACCUCCUACUUGGGGGGUCUAAGUUGCAUGAGGAGUGUCUGUUGGCUGUGCUGACAUGGAACCAUAAACAAGGACGGAACAAAGCUGCCACCAGAGUAAAGUGGGUCAACAACUUCACCAAGUGGUCCUCCGAUAACCCUCAACUGCACCCAUCAGGAUAACUUGCAUAGCCCAAAUAGCUACUCCCUCCGUUUCUAAAAAAUAGGCAAGUUUGGUUUUUACAAAAAUUAAGAAAACCAAUCAUUGUACCACUUUCUCAUGUUUUUUACUAAAAUACCUUUUGGUCCCCACUCAUUUCUUAUCAGAGAAAGAGAGAGAAGUGGUCUCUUUGUGGGUAUAGUAGUAAAAUCAUAACAUUUGACUUUCCACAUAUGUAGACAAAUCUAUUUUUUUGACAUACCCAAAUAAAGAAACCUGUCUAUAUUUUAGAAACGGAGGGAGUAAAAUGCUUUGAGCAUGUACCAAACUCGAGUUCCUUAAGUAGUCCAAUCCACCCCCGCUGAAAAUUUGUGCUCCGGCUUUGAACCAAACAGCUUCACGAAUUUAACACCAUUACGAGAAAGUAAUUCAGGGAAGAUGUUCACAGAGAAAGUUUCGUGAUCGGCGGACUCUCCGGAAAAGGGUCCUAAGUAUUUAACUCGGUCAGGACCCUUACCAUGGACUAUUAGAUGAAACAGCAGGCUUAGAUGAUCUGGGCUUUGCUACUGUCUUUUUCAGGAAAAGCAUUAUGAUCCUUCCUUGGCCGAAAAUCUUAGAAAUGGGUGAAGAGUGUUUUACUGCAAGGAAGUAUGAGGAUGUUUAUUUGUGUUUCAGCAGGAGUGUUAUGACUGUAUUUACAGGGCAUAUGCAAAUUUUGGUA